AUGGCCCAUGGGAAGAGGUCUAGGCAGCAGCAAGCCGAAACAACCUCCGUCAGCCUGAUGGACCUGGACGGCGGCGACAUGGCGCGCAUCCUCAUGCUCUUCUCCGGCCACCACAACAGCCACGGUCACCAGGGCGCUGCCGCGCCCGCGUCGCCGGAGAGGGUGUUCGAGUGCAAGACCUGCAGUCGGCGGUUCCCGUCCUUCCAGGCGCUCGGCGGGCACCGUGCCAGCCACAAGAAGCCGCAGCUGGCUGACGGCGAGCCGGCCAAGCCCAAGGUGCACGGCUGCUCCAUCUGCGGGCUCGAGUUCGCCGUCGGCCAGGCGCUCGGCGGACACAUGCGCCGCCACCGCGCCGUCGCGGCCGCAGGGGCCGGCGUCGAGCGCGGCCUCAGCCUCGACCUCGACCUCGGGCCGAGAGGCGACGGCAAGAAGAAGACAACGGCGGUGGCGGCCGGACUGAUGAUCGACCUGAACGUGCCGGCUCUGGCACUGGAGGAGGAGGAGCCGGCCGAUCAUGCCAAGCUGGGGCUCGCCGUGGAAAUGCAGUUUCCCGUGGUGGUUGACUUCCGACGUUGAAAUCUAACACAAGAUAUUUACGUCGCUAGAGCCUUCGUCGCUACAUCAUGCAUGGCCAGCCGUGCAGCAGGCGCGUGACGAACUGGCUGCGCUGACGCCUGUUCACGCAGACGCCGGCAAUCAAGAGCCAGCUCCGCCGGUGUGGGGUUGGCCGUGCCCCAAGCGGAUAUGCUGAACUGCUGUCCCUGACACGUUUCCUGGUGAAGCCGGUGUCCACCGUCAAGGACGAGGAGGCAGCGGACCUGACUCUUCUGCUGCAUAUCUACAUCACCAACAGAGCAGCUCCUGAUUUUUUUUGGAAAAUAACAUAGCUUUGUUAAUUGCAAAUAACGGUUACAUCGCCUAUAAAAAAA